CUGUUUUCAAAAGAUCAAUUCAAGUCCGAAGUGGUACAGGACUGGUGCGGAACGCACUUCUCAGAUCUCAUCUCGUCGGACGAUUGGCCCCCAAACAGUCCAGCCCCAUAUCCAUUGGAGCAUUCCGUGUGGUCAGUUCUUAAGAAGAAAGCGUGCUCUACUAAGCAUAGAAGUUUGGAUGUUCCACGUGCAACCACCGUUGAAGCAUGGGAGAAUUCGGACGAAGGCUACCUCCGUGCCGCCGUCGACGCAUCUCGUAGGAAAAUUUCGGCCUGUAUUCGCGCAAAAGGAGGCCAUUUCGAGAUCUAG